AUGCAAAGAAAGAACUUCACGGAAGUGACAGAAUUCAUCUUCCUGGGAUUCUCUAGCUUUGGAAAACAUCAAAUCACUCUCUUUGCCAUUUUUCUAACUAUCUACAUUUUAACCUUGGCUGGCAACAUCAUCAUUGUGACUAUCACACACAUUGACCAUCACCUCCACACCCCUAUGUACUUCUUCCUGAGCAUGCUGGCUAGUUCAGAGACAGUGUACACACUGGUCACUGUCCCACGAAUGCUUUCCAGCCUGAUUUUUUAUAACCAGACCAUCUCUUUGGCAAGUUGUGCAACUCAAAUGUUCUUUUUUGUCACAUUGGCCACUAAUAACUGCUUUCUGCUCACAGCAAUGGGUUACGACCGCUAUGUGGCCAUUUGCAAGCCCUUGAGGUACAUGGUUAUCAUGAACAAAGGAAUGUGUGCCUGGUUGGUUUGUGGGUCCUUUGGCACUGGUCUGGCUAUGGCAGUUCUUCAUGUGCCAGCCAUGUUCAAUAUGCCCUUCUGUGGCAAAAUGGUGGAACACUUUUUCUGUGACAUAUACCCAGUCAUGAAGCUUUCUUGUGUUGAUACCACUCUCAACGAGAUCAUCAAUUAUGGUGAGUUUGUGAUUCUUGUGCCCAUAGGGCUGAUCUUCAUCUCCUAUGUCCUCAUCAUAACUUCCAUCCUCAAAAUUACUUCAGCUGAAGGCCAGAAGAAGGCCUUUGCUACCUGUGCCUCUCAUCUGACUGUGGUCAUUGUCCAUUAUGGUUGUGCCUCCAUUGCCUAUCUCAAACCCAAGUCAGAAAGUUCAGUGGAAAAAGAUCUCCUUCUCUCUGUGACCUACACCAUCAUCACUCCCCUGCUGAACCCUGUUGUUUACAGUCUGAGAAACAAGGAGGUCAAGGAUGCUCUACGCAGGGCUGUGGGCAGAAACACUUCUUAA